AUGGCACCUAGCGCAGGAACAGCCCCGGGGCCGAGUCCUGAUCUGCUCUCCCCGGGCCACGACUUCCCCAGUCGCAAACGGAAAUCAUCCGGCUCACUACCAUAUAAGAACGGCAUCCGCCAGAAGAUCACGCGAGCCUGUGAUUCGUGCAAAGAGAAAAAAACGCGCUGCACAGGUACUUUGCCCUGCACCCGAUGUACGCGACUCUCUCUGUCCUGUGAAUACACCGCUGCCUACUCGCGAGGGCUCCCGCCAGACCCUCUGCCGUCGGAAGAUCGGCCGGCAUGUCGCAGGGUUGGCCGGGUGUCCAACGGCUCGCGAUCUCGUGGCAGUGCAGGGGCCGAGACGGGCCUGAAUUCAGGCAAUCCUGCGUUCUCCAGUCGCGGCCCUUCGUCCUUGCGUAAUUCGCCAGAGCCAGGAUCUACUGAUUUUGAAGGCAAUUAUAUCGGCCCUGCGUCGGGUGUCUCGUUCAUCAACCGGGUUUGGAGUCGAUUGAAUCAGGAUGAGACGGCGCAUAUACCUAAUGAAGUACGAAAUGAGUCUUCAGCGAAUACGGCCGUUUUUAUGUUUGGUGAUAAGCCGUACUCUCACCCGCAGGAUGUUGACUUUACGUUGCCUUCGUUUGAGACGGCAAUGGAGUUGGUGGCUAUCUAUUUCGACUACUCCAUGGUGACUUAUCGGUUUUUACAUCGGGGGAGUGUGGAGAACUGGGUCAAGCAGGUAUACGAAAGUAAAAUAUCUAUGUCGAAUCUUCCUGUCGGGAAUAUGGUUGCUCGGACUACUAUCGUUCUUAUGAUCUUUGCUAUCGGCACGAUCCAUAAUGACCUCGCCCCGGAAGAUUUAGUGGAUGGGCACAGUGAAAGCGAGCGCUGGUAUGCAGCUUCCAAGUUUAUGUCAUCUUUAGAGUCGGGACCUCCGCGACUAGAGACUAUUCAAGCUCGACUCAUCCAAUGCUUGUAUCUGCUCUCAUCAUCAAGAGCGAACGAGUGCUGGUAUUCUUUUGGAACCGCCUUACAGAUUGUAACCGCCCUUGGCCUACACCGCAAAUGCCCUGUCAAACUAUCCAAGAAAGUUUGCACAUACUUCGAACUCGAACUCCGGAAACGCAUUUUCUGGAGCGUCUACACUCUAGAUAAAUACCUCAGCAUAAUGUUCGGCCGGCCCCGUCUCCUUCACGACGAAGACAUCGACCAAGAACUCCCCGAUGAAAUGAAUGACGAAGAUCUUCUCGAAGAAGACCCGUCCCGCCGCUCCGGCUCAACCGACAGCAUGAUGAUUGCAUCAAUCCUUCACUACCGUCUCGGCCUCGUCCUCGGCGACAUAUCCCGCCAACUCUACAGCAUUACCCCGCCAUCUCGCAUCUCGCCCCUCGAAAAAGCCGUUCGUCUAACCGCGGACCUCGAAAAAUGGAAAGCAAGCGUCCCGCCCCUCUUCAACAGCGUCCGUCCAACAAGCCUAAUCCCUCCUCUCUGUCGCCAAAGCCAAGUUCUCCAAUUAGCCUACUCCCACGCCAUGAUCCAUGUCACCCGCUCUUUCCUCCUAAACGACUUCACCGACCUAAGCCGUAGACCACGAGACCCGCAUCCCAUGGUCAGCGCACACGCACAGAAAUGUAUCGGCGCCGCAGAGGACAUCAUGACGCUAGUCGAUAGUCUCGCUCAGCAAACACUGUUAACACAGUCCUUCUGGUUCACCCAUUACGUGUGUUUUUGCGCUAUCCUCGUCGUGUAUAUCCACAUUAUCCAACAGCAUCGCCAAUCUACAGUUCCCAGUCCGUCAGCCUCAAGUCCAGCAGAUUCCGACAAAUUGCAAUCCCUCUUCUCCCUCGCCGAGAUGUGUCAGCAGCAUCUUGCUGAAGCUACGAGGAAAAAUUGUCCCAGUCGAAGGUAUGGAAUUAUUCUUGAAGAGUUGCGGCAGGAGGUUCAUAGGCAAAUUGGUUCGGAUCAUUCAUCUACGCCGAAGAUUAGUACUUGGAAGGAUGAGGUGGGGCUGGGUAUGACACCGAAUGAACACGAUAGCGAGCCUGUUGGCGCUGCUCAGAAUGUGGAUUUCAUGCCAAGUAUCUUACAGCCUGGGGAAUUGGGGUCUAUGAAUCCUAUGGAGGAGGCUGGGGUUUUGGAGAACCUUGAGGGCUCAAUUUGGUGGGCUCAGUUGGAUUCAUGGGCGCUUUCUAGUUUUCCGAAUGAUCCCUCGACGUUUAUUUUUUAA